GCGAGGGGCGGGAGUGUCCCUGCGUGGAGCGGGCCGAUCCGGAGUUGUGUCAGUGAAGGAAUCCAGUCCGGGGGCCGAGCUGGCUGCGCCCUCCGCCGCGAGCGCGGGCAGCACGGGGCGAGCUCCGGACGGCGCGCGGCCCAGGCACCGGCUCCCGCUCGGCCCGCCCUCCGCGCCGCAGGGACCGCCACAGCCGCCGCGCCUCCCCCGGCGACCGCGCCCCCGGUCGCCGUCCUCCGGCCCGGGACAGAGCGGCCGGCGCUCCGCACAGAGAGCGUUACAGAAUCCAGGCUGCUUUCCGGAAUAUCUCCGUGGAUUCUUGGGGCUUAUUCCACUAGAAGCAAGAUGGCUGAACUCAAUACACAUGUGAAUGUCAAGGAAAAGAUCUAUGCAGUUCGAUCAGUUGUUCCCAACAAAAGCAAUAAUGAAAUCGUCCUGGUGCUACAACAGUUUGACUUUAACGUAGAUAAAGCAGUGCAAGCCUUUGUGGAUGGCAGUGCAGUCCAAGUUCUAAAAGAAUGGAACAUGACGGGGAAAAAGAAGAACAACAAAAGAAAAAGAAGCAAGUCCAAGCAGCAUCAAGGCAAUAAAGAUGCUACUAAGGACAAGGCAGAGAGGCCCGAGGCCGGGCCCCCACAGCCACUGCCGCCCCAGAUACAAAACGGCCACGUGAAUGGCUGUGAGAAAGACAACUCGUCCACAGAUUCCGCCAGCGAAAAGCCGGUCCUUGUCCCUCGUGAGAAAAAGAUCUCGAUACUCGAGGAACCUUCAAAGGCACUCCGCGGGGUCACAGAAGGCAACAGACCACUGCAACAGAAACUAUCCUUAGAUGGGAACCCCAAACCUAUACAUGGAACACCAGAGAGGUCAGAUGGCCUACAGUGGUCAGCUGAGCAGCCUUGUAACCCAAGCAAGCCUAAGGCAAAAACAUCUCCUGUUAAGUCCAAUACCCCCGCAGCUCAUCUUGAAAUAAAGCCAGAUGAGCUGGCAAAGAAAAGAGGCCCAAACAUUGAGAAAUCGGUGAAGGAUUUGCAGCGCUGCACUGUGUCUCUAACGAGAUAUCGUGUCAUGAUCAAGGAGGAAGUGGAUAGUUCAGUGAAGAAGAUCAAAGCUGCCUUUGCGGAAUUACACAACUGCAUCAUUGACAAAGAAGUUUCAUUAAUGGCAGAAAUGGAUAAAGUUAAAGAAGAAGCCAUGGAAAUCCUGACUGCUCGUCAGAAGAAAGCGGAAGAACUAAAGAGACUGACGGAUCUGGCCAGUCAGAUGGCGGAGAUGCAGCUGGCUGAACUCAGGGCAGAAAUUAAGCACUUCGUCAGCGAGCGGAAGUACGACGAAGAGCUUGGGAGAGCCGCCCGGUUCUCCUGCGACAUCGAGCAGCUAAAGGCCCAGAUCAUGCUCUGCGGAGAAACCCCCACUGGUCUAGCGAGCGGACGGCAGGCCCGGGCUUGGGAACAGGGAAGCCGAGAGGCAGAACACCCUUGUGCACAGGCGCGAGAGGGUACUUCGAGACUCUGCUGUCUCUCUUCCUUCUGCGGUUCCUAACCUAAGGAAUAACAC